GAUCCCAACAAAACGGUUCCGUCACCAGCAAAUUCAUCCAUGUCGAAUGUCUCGUCAGGUUCCAUCUUGCCUCCGGCUCCAUUUCCAACACCGGCUCCGCGACCGCCUUCUCUCGUAACCAGCACAACCCUGGAGAUACUAGCGGCCGCCUCAGCCUCCUCUUACGAAAACUUCUGUGAGCUAGUUCAGAAACGUCUGACCACGUUUAAUUAUUUGAAGAAGGCGCACGAAGGAAAGAUUCAUUGGUUUAGUACAAUAUGUUUGACUAAGAAGGACUUGGCAAGCCAAUAUGAUAAUGCAAAGAUGAAGAAACGGACACAUAACUUCUUCAUUCUUGGUGUUUCGUUAGCACCAAUACUUGACAUUACUAACCCACAGGACUAUGUAAAAGCGCUCAAUACUCUAUUACAAGAGUUUGAAUACUAUUCAAACGAACAUUCAAAGGCAAAGAUGAAAAUGUUCUUCAGAAAAUCUAAAGUCAAACAGGAUGAUGAUACUUCUUUCCAAGAGAGUGGAGAAUUUACUUAUCUAUAUGUGCCAAACAUUUCAUUUGAUUUGGACUAUUUUCAGGCAUUCUAUACACUUUGCGAUAUGUUAGUAGAGGUUUAUAAUAAAUUGUUAACAGGAACUAGUGAUAUCUGGAUUCAACCUUUUACAGAUAGUGUCUUGAAGAUCGAUGGAAAAUUCAAGGUUUGGAGCAAAAUAAUCUCGUCAAUAACGAAAGAGCUUGAUGGUCUAGCACGAAAUCUCAUCAAAAACGAACUGCAGUCCACCGAUCCCAUGAUAAUUAUGUCGGGCCUUGUAACUGUUCCUUCAAGAGGGUCUAUUAGUGCUCAAGGAAGUACGAGUAGCAUGAUCUCAAGUGAUAGCAAUCCGAACAGUGUAAGCGGGGUAUACUGA